ACGCCGCGUCACCACCACUCACGAUCGGAGCGCCAAGAUGAAGGAAGUUGCUUCGCUGCCCCGCACGCCUACGAUGGCCGCCACGGCGUCCGACCAGGGACCCAACAGCUUGCACCUGCAUGCCGACACGGAGCUUGGAGAGGCCGCAAGGGGCUCGACUGGCGCCGAGGUCGCCGCUGAUAUGGAGCUCAUGGGCGCCACCAAUCGUGAUAUGUUCUCGUGGUUACUGUUUAACUCAGAGAACAUGACUGCGCCUGCGGGCGUAGGGGGUCACCCUUCUGCUGACCACGCGCAUGCUCAAGCGUUGGCUACUUCAAUGGCGCUAGAUGACCCGUUUCGAAUGCUUGGCCCGGGCGACGACACCAGCCUCCCGCUCACGUUGCACCCAGUCACGACCUCGGCGCAGCUCAUCCAAACGGGCGCUCUCACAGUGGAGAUGCCAGCCACGACACCUGCUACUACUACGGCUCCGGUCUCCAUGGCGGCGCCCACCAAGCCUGUGCAAAAUCAACGCGGUAUGAAGCGCCCCGCCGCCGAUGUGGCCAAGGAUCUACACGGCAAGCACCUGACUAACACAGAGGGUCUACUUCGCCACCUCGAGAGUGCCAACAACGCAUUGGUUCAGAAGCGCCAGGCCGUGCACAAUACCAAUAUCACGGUUCCCUCGGCGGCAAUGGCUACGGCUGCCAAGUCGCCCAAAACGGAGAAAACUCCGACGUCCAGCAGCAGCGAUAGUAAUAACCCCAGCAACAUGACAAGCCUGCAAAGAAAACUCAAGCUCGAGCGCAACCGGGAGUCGGCGCGCGAGUGUAGACGUCGCAAGAGGGAGCACAUCUUGGGCGUCGAGGAGCGCUGCCGCCAGCUCGAGCGCGAGAAUAUGGAGCUGCGCGGACAGCUGAAGGCCGGCAAAGAGGCCAUUCGGCAAGAGGAGAAGGAGAAGAACCGCGUGUGCGAAGAACUGGAGAAGAUGAUUCAGCGCGGCGCCUCAGAGAAGGAGCUCGCGGAGAAGAUCGAUAAUUUCAAGGAGCAGUACUCUGACUACGGUCACGGCCGCCGCUCGGCGCUGAGUUACCACCUGCACCAGAUCGAACGACUGCUCCUGCCCACGCAGGUAACCAAGAUGUGCAUCUGGGCCUUGCGUCAAGACGACAGCUUCUGGCAGGACGAGGAGGACGAGACCAGUCUACCGGUCAUCCUAGCCAAAGAGCUGGGACUAAGUGAAGACCAGAAGAAGAAGAUUCAGCAGCAGCGGGGGUCAAUCUCGCUCAUCUGCGAGAACCUCAAAAGUGCGCUGGGGCUACUCUCGGAGCUCAAGACCGAAGUAACCAACAAAAACUCCACCUUAGACAUGGAGAUGGACAAGCUGCAGAAUAUCCUUACCCCCACCCAACGCGCCAAGGUGGGUGCUGGUUGCACAAAACCGGUUGACAUCUAG